AUGAAGAAACUGAAACGCCAGACCGGCUCCGUCAUCGUCCACUUUGGCUUGCACAAGCUGCAGCUGAUCCACGAAGCGAAGAAGGUCUGCCCAGAUGUAGUCAUCGUCCUGGGCGAAGAUCUUACCCGCUUCCGGAAUGCUUCCAAAGAACUCUAUGCUUUCUUGCGAUCGUUUUCCUGGAACUCCCGUUGUGAACGACUAGGCUUUGAUGAGGUGUUUUUAGAUGUCACCGACAUGAUCGACUACAAUGUCAGCAUUCUCAACUCUAAUGACCUCAGCAACGCCUUCUUCUGUCUCGACAGGAAUGAUCCCACUGUGGGGUUUCCUUACGAUGCGACGCAGCUGACGGGUCAUUUGUACCCCAAAACGGCCUCUGAACACUUAGGCACCACGCCCGAUCUGCUGCACCUCCGAUUGGCUCUAGGAAGCCAUCUAGCACACUACGUGCGAACUCGACUCGAGGCAGAGAAGGGCUACACGGCCACGGUUGGCAUCUCUACUAACAAGCUUCUGGCAAAGCUUGUUGGCAACACAUACAAGCCCAAUGCUCAGACUACACUGGUCCCGCCCUAUACAUCUGGUGAAGACGAUGAGACUAUCGACAACGUGACUGCCUUCAUCGAUGAUCACGAAGUCGGCAAGAUUCCCGGCAUAGGGUUCAAGAUAGCACAAAAGCUCCGUACCCACCUACUGCAGCGGCCGGCAGAAUUUGAUGCUGGACUGGUGUAUGGUGGGACUAAAGAGGCUGUUCUUGUCCGCGAUGUAAGGACGCAUCCUGGAAUCGGUCCGGAGACGUUGGAGCGGAUACUCGGUGGUCCGGGCGUACCACAUGGCACCGGGACCAAAGUGUGGGGUCUACUAAACGGCUGUGACGACACAGAAGUCGGCCAAGCACGCGAAAUACCGCGUCAGAUCAGUAUAGAAGACAGCUACAUGCGCCUAGACACACUUGAAGCCGUGACCAAAGAGCUUCGCAUGCUAGCGAAAAGACUGCUCGAGCGAAUGCACACCGAUCUCCUAGAAGAAGAUGACGAUGCACACGACCUAUCCACGGCUCCAACUUCCGCCACCACUUCAAAGCCUAUGAAGCGCUGGCUCGCUCACCCGAAAACACUCCGACUAUCAACCCGACCACGGGCGCCCCAAAACCCAGAUGGCACCCGCAAUCGGUCCUUUGCACGCAUAUCCAAAUCCGGACCCAUGCCAACGUUUGUCUUCAGCCUAAAAGACAACAAUAAUACUAUGGAUGCCGUGGUCGAGAAACUGCUGUCCGAGACGUUGCUACCGCUGUUUCGCAAGCUGCAUCCGGAGAAGAAGGGAUGGAAUCUUAGUCUGGUUAAUGUUGCGGCGACGAAUAUGGCGGAUGCGGCGAGGGAGAGGGGUGGCGUGGGGAGGGAUAUUGGGAAGAUGUUUAGGAGGCAGGAUGAGGUGUUGAGGCAAUGGAGGGUGGAUGAUGAGUCGGCGAUGGGUGGGGAUGGGGUGGUGAGUGCAGUGCGGGUGAGGGUUGAAGAAUCGCCAGAGCCGGAUGAAGCGCCCUGGUUGCAAGAAGCAAGGCGGCAACGACGGGAAUAUAUGAUGGAUGAAGAACCAUCCAUGUUUGAAGAAGACUGGGUGAGUGAACAGAAACCUCAAGUCGAAGCAUCCCCGUCGCCAGAUGAAGCGCCCUGGUUGCUAGCCGCGAGGCGCCAACGACAGGAAUACAUGAGGGACGAAGAACCAUCUAUACUCAAAGAAGAGGCAGUAAAUGAAGACCAAGCUCAAGCAAGAGAAUCGCUAUCAUCAGAAGAACCGCCCUGGUUGGCAGCAGCGCGACAGCACCGAGCAGAAUACAUGAUGGACGAGGCUUGGCCGACAGGUGAGAUUAUUCACAGGCAAGGUUCUGAGGAUUUGCCCACUUCGUCACAGAAGAUUGGUUCUCCUGUGGAUGUAGAGGAUGUUUGGGAGGAGGAUGAAGAAAAUAUGACAGAUGCCGAUUCUUUUCGCUGUGAGGAGUGUGGUGCUGUUAUGCCGAGUUUUGCUAUGGGUGCGCAUUGGAGGUGGCAUGGUAUGAUGGAUUAG